UUGCUAUAAGAAUAAUGCAGCCUCACUUUUCCAUUUCUUCAAGCUCCAAAUUUUCUUCAUUUCAACCCAAAAGAGACUUCAAAAUUAUGGGUUCCAUCUCACAGACCGACGUUAAACCCCACGCUGUGUGUGUCUCGUACCCAGCGCAAGGCCAUAUCAACCCUAUGCUCAAGUUGGCAAAGCUUCUCCACCACAGAGGCUUUCACAUAACUUUUGUCAACACCGAGUACAACCACAGGCGGCUACUCAAGUCGAGAGGCCCGAACUCGCUCGAUGGCUUGCUUGACUUUCAGUUCCGAACCAUCCCCGACGGGCUCCCGUUCUCGGAUGCCAAUUCAACGCAAGAUAUUCCUGCACUUUGCCAAUCUACCACCAAGAAUUGCUUAGCCCCAUUGUGUGACCUUAUUUCUCAGCUGAACUCAAGUGAUGCUCCGCCAGUUAGCUGUGUUGUUGGGGAUGUGGUCAUGUCCUUCUCUGCUUUGGCUGCUAAUGAGUUUAAAAUCCCUCAUGCUCUAUUUUGGACAGCCAGUGGCUGUGGCUACUUUGGCUAUUUUCAAUAUAGGGAGCUUACAAAGAAGGGAUUGGUGCCACUUAAAGAUGCUAGCCACAUAACAAAUGGGUAUUUGGAGAACACCAUUGAAUGGACUCAAGGAAUGAAAGAGAUACGUUUGAGGGAUCUUCCCAGCUUUAUAAGAACAACAGAUUCAGACGACAUAAUGCUCAAUUUUAUCCACCAAGAAAUCAGCAGAUCUCUACAAGCUUCUGCAAUCAUAUUUAACACAUAUGAUCCACUCGAACGAGAUGUUUUGGAUUCUCUUUCUUCCAUCCUUCCUCCUCUCUACACAAUUGGCCCACUCCACUUGCUUGUCAACCAAAUAGAGGAUGAAAAACUAAGAGCCAUCGGCUCAAAUCUCUGGGCGGAGGAGUCACAAUGCAUUGAGUGGCUGAAUUCAAAGGAACCCAAYUCUGUGGUUUAUGUAAAUUUUGGGAGCAUCACAGUGAUGACAGCUGAGCAACUGACUGAAUUUGCAUGGGGAUUGGCAAACAGUGAGAAGCCAUUCCUGUGGAUCACAAGGCCUGAUAUAGUUGUGGGAGAUUCAGCCAUUUUGCCACCUGAAUUUGUGACACAAACCAAAGAUAGAAGCAUGAUUGGGAGCUGGUGCUCUCAAGAACAAGUGCUGAACCAUCCAUCUGUUGGAGGGUUUUUGACACACAGUGGAUGGAAUUCAACCAUGGAGAGCAUAUGCGCUGGAGUGGCCAUGAUCUCGUGGCCUUUCUUUGCAGAACAACAGACGAAUUGUCGUUAUGGGUGCACUGAGUGGGGCAUUGCGAUGGAAAUUGAUAACAAUGUGAAGAGAAAUGAAGUGGAGGAGCUUGUGAGAGAGCUGAUGGAUGGAGAGAAGGGUAAGAAAAUGAAGGAGAAUGUAAUGGAGUUGAAGAGUAAAGCAGAAGAAGCUUAUAAACCUGGUGGGUCUGCUGGCAAGCAAUUGGACAAAUUGAUUAGUGAAGUUCUUCUAUCAAAUAAGAAAGUGAUGUAAUUGAAAAAUAGACAGAUUUUUGUGCUCUUUUAUGGAAUAAGUUCUCUUGUUUGUGGUUGGUUUGUCCUCUGAAGUGUGUGAUGGACACUCACAACUUUAGAAUCAACCAAUUUAUUUGAGAAUAACCAACUUCAAAAAUUUCUAAGGAAAUAAAUACUUGAUUCACAAA